AUGGCCAUGCUUCUGAAAUGUGGGUGUUUUCGAGACGGGGCACCUCCUGCUCACCUGCUCACCACCAUCCUCCCCGCUUCUUCUCCUUGGCCUUGGCUGCUCGAGCCACCUCCUGCAACACAAAAGGGAGCAGCAGAGGGAGACACGGAUGGAUGUGUUGUGAGUGAGCAGCAGGUGCAUGGGGAGCAGCAGGUGCAUGGGGAGCAGCAGGUGCAUGGGGAGCAGCAGGUGCAUGGGGAGCAGCAGGGGCAUGGGGAGCAGCAGGUGCAUGGGGAGCAGCAGUUGCAUGGGGAGCAGCAGGUGCAUGGGGAGCAGCAGGUGCAUGGGGAGCAGCAGGUGCAUGGGGAGCAGCAGGUGCAUGGGGAGCAGCAGGUGCAUGGGGAGCAGCAGGUGCAUGGGGAGCAGCAGGUGCAUGGGGAGCAGCAGAGGGACAGGCGAGGGCCAUGA